AUGGAGUUGAUUGUUAAAUUAGCCAAGUCACUUCUCUUUAGGAAAUUAAUUGAAGGUUAUGUUCUUUGCACUACCAAGGGCUUAUAUAAAUUUGUGAUACACAAGGGUGUAGAAUUUGAACUUAUUGAGGUCCCAUUAGAUGAUGGAAUGGCACAUAUGGCACCUAGAAGCUUUUUCGGGGUAGAGGAUUUUCUUGAUGAUGACAAUAGCCGACCUUACACUUACCAAAAAGGGAAGAAGUCAAAGAAUCCAAACAAACACAUAUCAUUCAAACAAAGAACAAUUGCUUACAUGGAGCCCUUUACACUUGAUGUGUUUAUCUCAAAACGCUUUGUAUCAGCUUCACUUACUCACAGGGUGACAAGCAAACAGGUUGCCGUUGCUGGUACCAACUCCAAGGACAUAAAAGCUGUUCUUAGGUCUCGUUCAGACAUACCAGCAUGCAUAGCCAUUGGUAGGAUUUUGUCUGAAAGAGCAAGAGAAGCAGAUGUUUACACUGCUUCCUAUACUCCAAGGGACAGGGACAAGUUUGAAGGCAAAAUCAGAGCUGUAGUUCAAUCACUUAUUGAUAAUGGGAUUGACAUCAAGCACUGA